UUCUCUUUCUCUUGUUGUCUUAGUUUUGGAAACUGCUUCUCAACUUGUCUGUGCUCCUCUCGGCUUGGCCUGAAAUGGGCAUUUGUCAAAACUAAAUACUGCUGCUUGCUUCAGACACAUCACGUGUUGAGGUUGACAGUUGAAGAAGGAGGAGGAGGAGGAGAUGAAGAUACAGUGUGAUGUGUGCGAGAGAGCACCGGCGGCGGUGAUAUGCUGCGCAGACGAAGCCGCGCUGUGCGAGAGAUGCGACGUGGAGAUUCACGCGGCAAACAAGCUCGCGAGCAAGCACCAGAGGCUUCUCCUCAACUGCAUCUCCAACAGCCUCCCUCCUUGUGACAUUUGCCGGGAGAAGGCGGCGUUCAUCUUCUGUGUCGAAGACAGAGCCCUCUUCUGUCAGGACUGUGACGAACCGAUCCAUUCGGCGGGGAGCCUAUCUGCGAACCACCAGAGGUUCCUAGCCACUGGCAUUAGGGUGGCUCUAAGAUCUAGAUGUGCCAAGGAUGCCGACAAAACCUGCUCGGAGCCACCGAACCCAAGCUCUCAACCAGUUAAAACACCCCACCAACAGGCUUCUGUCUCGACUUCGCCGUGGGGGGUCGAUGACCUGUUGCAGUUAACGGAUUUCGAAUCCUCUGACAAGAAAGAGCAGCUCGAGUUUGGAGAGUUAGAGUGGCUAGCAGACAUGGGGCUUUUCGGCGAUCACCUCCCUCAAGAGGCGGCUGAAGUUCCUCAGCUGCCGAUGCCACAGACAGGCAACUUCACUUCCUCCAAGACUGCCAAAUUCAAUGUCUCACACAAGAAGCCAAGGAUUGAAAUCCCGGACGAGGAGGAGGAGGAGCACUUCACCGUCCCCGAUCUUGGACGAGAAUGGAGGAGUUAGUUCUAGAGGGUAGCGGUUGAUAGGCUUGUUAAUAGUCUGGUGUGUUAGUAUAUAAUGUGCUCACGUAAUGCAUAUACAUCUUAAAGUUGCUCGUUGAACUGCUUUAAAAGUCGUCUUCAGCAUCAUGGCUUAGAAGAAAUAGUUAAGGUGUUUCUUCUACUGGAUUUCCUUUCUUUUUCUUUGUUAGAAUUAUGCCUAAAAUUUGCGGCUCGGUAUUAAAAGUAUCCGCUUAUGCGUUACUCUGCGAA